UCUGUAUUCCGACGGAUUUCUAUUUCGUUCGAAAGUGAUAUUUCGAUCGUUUUCGAAUUUACCAUUCCCUAUUCCAAUCGUUUUGCUCGUUUCGAACGAAAGUGUUAGAAAAUUUCGAAUAUGCAUCGAUCUGUCAAAAACCGAUAAACAAAAAGAAACACCGUAUUAAAUAGCGGCGAGUGCGAGUUGAAUUUCAGUUAAUUUUUGAUCCUAAGAGAAAUUUGUGAGAAAAUUUUCUCGUUCAAUGGAUUCCGUUUUGUUACCGAUUUUGGCGGAGCAAGAAGAAAUUGGAAUGCCUUGCUACCAUCGGCGAAACCACCGAAAAUCAACCGACUUCAUGAAACUUUCUGAUGAAGCAUUCAUCAAAAGUUUUCGUCUAAGUAAGGAAGCUUUUCGGUACGUUUUAGAGGAAAUUGAGAACUGCCUUACCACAAGGAAAGGUGGUCUAUCCACGGAGGUGAAACUCGCAGCAUGUUUGCGAUUCUUUGCUGAAGGAAAUUAUCAACAUGGAGCAGGGCAAGAUUAUCACAUUGCCAUAGCACAGCCCACAUUUUCCAAGGUGCUGACUGAAAUGCUUAACAUUCUGGAGCGGACACUGUGUAAGAAAUGGAUUUCCCUAAAUAUGACGGAAGACGAACAGCGGCGUGCUAAACUACACUUCUAUCAGAAAACAUCAAUUCCGGGUGUUAUUAUGUGUUUGGAUGGAACCCACGUAAAAAUUAUUCCACCUAAGCUGAAUCGAAAUUUGUUUUUUAAUCGGAAGGGAUUUUAUAGUCUCAACGUUCUGAUUGUUUGUGACGAUCAGCAAAGGAUUCGUUUCGUUGAUCCUACCUUCCAGGGAUCUAAUCAUGACUCUCAUAUAUGGCGUGUAAGCCCUGCAAGAACUCACUUUGAGCAGCUUCACCAAAAUGGUGAAGUUAAUACUAAGAUUCUAGGUGAUGCUGGUUAUCCAUCGGAACCUUGGUUAGUAACGCCAUUCAGAGCAGCGGAGGAAGGGAGUUUGGAGAGCGAUUUUAAUCGCAGGCAUGCCUUGGGUCGUGCUAUCGUCGAGCGGACAAUCGGUUUACUAAAAAAUCGGUUUAGAUGCAUCCUUGGCGCGAGACAACUUCACUACAAUCCUACUAAAUGCGCUCAAAUUAUAAAUGUAUGCUGUGCACUUCACAAUAUAUGCUUAGAAUUUGGUCGUUCUCAGUAGUUAUAAUAUGUUAUGCAGCUGUUUACAUAAUAAACUUUUGUUUAAAUUAAUAUUUAUGACUGUUAAAUUUCAUCUAACUUGUUUGCAAAUGCUCAAAUAAAUAACAACCACCGGAAAAGGAAGUGUCUUCCUUACUUAACUAUGGUUUCGGCAGAAUUAUUUACUCUUAUUCCUGCCAACACUUUGAGAACAUGUCAUUAUCGAUUUCUCGUAAGCAGGCCAAGUAUUCAAAUAACCAUUAUUAAUACUUUUUGCGUUGUUUUAACCCCUUGCUGUACGAUUUAAUUUCCAACAGCACGGCCCAAAACGAGCACUUCGAGUCGUUCCGCUACUCUGCUGAGUGUGGGUAUCUAACAUGGGUGCCCUAUGAUGAGCAAAUACAUGUUGUGUUUAAAAUAAAAACGAAGGAGUUAUUACUACGUACUAACUCGUUCGUUUUUAUUUUAAUUAUAAUAUUCAAAUUAUAUUUUAUAUUUUUAGCUCAUUCAAUUUUUUUUUUAAAUAACGGAAAUUUGAUAAUCUUCAGUUGUCGGUAUCCUCAUCAUAUGCCUGAAGCUAUGUAAUUAUUUCACAUCGAGAAACAACGAGUGAAGUUCAAUGUUGUACGUGAAGGGGUUAAGGAAGUUCCAUAAACUAUAGGCGAAAUUCGUGAAUUUUAAAAAAGUUUAUAUAAUUUUGAUGCUAUUCCAAACAAACUUCAAAGAAAAAAAUAAGUAAGAUUUUUCUUCCAUGGAAAGAUAUAAAAAUACGAUUAGAACUUUUUUCAUUUUUUUAUACUUGAGUUACAAUAUAAAGAUAAAAAAUCAGAUCACUGAUAUUUUGAAACAUUAUUCUAAUGUUCUGAAAUAUACGCAAUCUGCGUUUCAAGGAUUUGUCGCUAUUGAUUUCUCCAGCGCGAUCUUCUCCAUCUCGUGGUUAUGUCGUUUUUGUUCACUCAGAUGUUCUUUGAGUGUGGCAUCCACGGAAAGAAUCGCUCGAGCUGAUUGGCGCUGAUAAUGAACCAGAUCACUCAAAUUCUUAUUUGUGUUUUUUAACAGGGAUUUCACAUUGGUGUGAAAUUUGUUUUGUUGCUCGACUUGCAGCUCUAAUAGCCUCGUGGUAGAAGGUCUGGAUUUUUUCGGCUGA